AUGGCACCUAGAGCAGGAUUUCGUGGCAGGGGAGGUCGUGGGGGAGGGGGCAGGGGAAGAGGCAGGGGAAGGGGUGGUAGAGGUUUCGGAAAGCGGCCGAGGUUUGACAGUGCAAGACUGGCUGAGACGAAAGACGAGUCUGAAGCAGAGGAAGAGUCCUCUGAUGAAAGCUCUGUCCCAGAGGAACCCGAGGACACAUCAGAUGCUGGCUCGGAUGAAGAAGCCGAGCAGGCCACGACCGCUAAGCCUUACAUGGCACUGAUCAAGAGCUUCACAGAGUCAUCAGGAAACUCCGCGCCGCAAGCCAAGAGGAGGAAGCUCGAUCACUCGGGACCUGACGAGACGACGUCGAGGCAAGUAGAUGAGUCUAGCGAUGAGGAUCGUGCAGGCGACGAUGUCGACCAAGUCGACGAGCCUGAAGAAGAGCCCGAGGAGGUGAUGGUCGGCGAUGAAUCAGACGAAGAUGACGAGCCAGACUCUUCAGACCCGUUCGAAACCCACUUUGCCGCUCCUGAUGAGACAGAGUCGAGCAAACGCCUCAGGGCAGUUCAGAAAGGCGAGUGGAAGUCAAAGAGGAACCUCGACAAAUCCUUGCGGAUCGUCCAGGAAGAGCCGAAAGACUCGGACUUCACAUCAUUGGCACCCAUCUCCCGUCUAUCCGAUCUCAAACUCAAGCAACGCUUGCACCAAGUCAUGUCUUCGAAGCACCCUGAGCUGGACCGCGCAGAACAGAGAGUUGCACCCUUUUUGUUCAACUACCACGAUGCGCUUUACUGUAACAGGAACGCUACGAAUGGUGACAGCAUCCGGCGGAUGAUUUGCUUGCAUGCUGUCAAUCACGUUUUCAAGACGCGCGACCGGGUCAUCAAGAACAACGCAAGGCUCGCUCGUGAUGGGAACGAGGAUCUUGAACUUCGAGAUCAGGGUUUCACUCGCCCCAAGGUGCUGGUGCUCUUGCCAACCCGGCAGUCGUGCGUGAAGAUGGUCCAGAUGAUGUGUUCCAUAUGUGAUCCCGAUCAACAGGAGAACAGGAAACGAUUUGACGACUCGUACACCGACAGUGAAAAGAAAUUCUCGGAUGAUAAGCCGAGUGAUUUCAGAGACCUAUUCGAGGGCAACGACGACGACAUGUUCCGGAUCGGCGUCAAGUUCACCAGGAAGACGAUCAAGUACUUUGCCCAGUUCUACAACUCCGACAUCCUCUUUGCCAGUCCGCUCGGACUUCGGCUCGCCAUAGGGUCAGAAGAAGACAAAAAGCUCGAUUAUGACUUUCUGAGCUCGAUCGAGAUGGUCAUUGUGGACCAGGCAGAUGCACUGCUUAUGCAGAACUGGGAGCACAUGGAGUACAUCUUUGAGCAUCUGAACCUUCAACCGAAGGACGCACAUGGCUGCGAUUUCAGUCGCGUCCGGAGUUGGUACCUGGACAACCAAGCCAAAUAUUUCCGCCAGACUGUCAUCUUCUCGGCCUUCAACACCCCCGAGCUGUCAGAACUCUUCCGAACACAUUGCCAGAAUUGGCAGGGGAGACAUAGAGUGCAACCAGAGUACCCCGGGUACCUUCAGCAACUGGAGGUGAAGCUGAGGCAGACCUUCUUGCGUUUCGACUCGGAGUCGGUGAUCAAGGAGCCGGAAGACCGCUUCUCAUAUUUCACAAAAGCCGUCGUGCCCACCUUGGCCAAGCGUGCCAAGGAUGCGACUGGCACCCUGAUCUUCAUCCCGUCUUAUCUCGACUUUGUCAAGGUCAGGAACUAUUUCGCGACGUCCUCGGCGGUGGCCAAUGUGUCAUUUGGCACGAUCUCGGAGUAUGCGGACGUUCCCGAGGCGUCGAGGGCACGAUCCCACUUCCUCAACGGCAGGCACAAAGUCCUAUUGUACACGGAGAGGGCUCAUCACUUCCGUCGGUACCAGCUCCGCGGUGUGCAGCGGAUCAUCAUGUACGGCCUUCCGGAUAACCCUUCGUUUUACAAAGAGAUCGUGGGUGGCUACCUCAGUCGUAGCGAGCAGGAUCUCAGGCUCGAGCCGGGGACGGGCCACGUCAAGGUCAUGUUCUCCAAGUAUGAUGUGCUGAAGCUGGAGAGAAUCGUGGGCACAGAAAGAGUCGGGAAGAUCUUGAAGGCAGCUGGUGACACUUUUGACUUUAUCUCUUGA